AUGUCCCAAGAAACGGAAGAAACUUCAAAUUUCAAUGAAUUGGGAAUAGGCGUCGAAGUAGCACACGAAGAGACUAUCGCAACAGACUAUUCGGUGGACACCGGGAUUGAUCACACUCAAUCACAGUCGGAAACCGCAGCAGAAGCUUCAUCGUCGUCAACUUCGACACGUCCACGACGAAAUGCUCGAAAAUCAGUGUUGUAUAAUAAUGACGAUUACGAACUUCAACUUCCGGGUGUACCAAAGGAAGAGGAUAAUCAGUCGGUGUCUCUCAUGACGUCUGAACUCAUCCCGUCGUCACAAAAGUCGUUUUCAAAACGAGCACGAGUUGGAGAUGAGCCAUUGAGAGGCUCGAAGAAGAGAAAGACACUUCCACGUCUAGAAGAAUCCAGCAUCUCUUCUCAACGACUCCAGCCAAAUAUGUCACCUCGCCAACAAAUCUACGGAAGUUCUUCGAUGCAUCCGCUUGGAGCAGAGCAAGAAAUACCAUACGGUCGAGAAGCUGAUGACGAUGGACCACCGAUUCUAAAUAUGGCAUCUUCGAGAUACCCGGAUGAUAGAAUUCAUAUGGGAACUGAUGAAAUUGACGACAUGGGAUCGUUUGCAGACGAGGAAGACGAUUAUUUGGAUGGAGAACCGCCGAGUCUAGAGCUGAAUCCACCAAGCAAACGUCGCGGUCGUCCACGUAAAGGAGAUGAUUUGGGGUUGGAGGAUGGUGAGAAAACGACAGACAGAAUCGGCGACGUGGAUAACAAGAAGGAGAAGAAGCAAAAGCAGUCAAAUCCAACACAAAUGGUACCGAGAUCGUCGUUCAGAGUUCAAGGAGAACGAGUUAUCAGUAAAGCUCUCGCCGAUCGGCAGUAUCAUGUGAAACUGUUCGAGGAUGAAGUGGAUAUCACUGAAAACGGAGAUUGCUAUGCGACUGUUAUCUCUGGAUGCUUGGCUUAUUUAUUGCGAAAAGAGAGAAUUAUUGAGUUGUUGACAAAUGACGGAGAGGUUGCUAUGAUUCGCGAAGGAGGAUGGAUGCUCGACAAACCGCCUCGUCUCCCACCACUCGUUCAACACAAAGCGUGUUUCGCAUUCUACGUAGACGGCUCCAAAAUUAUGUCAAUCAAAGACGUGACAAAUGACGAUCUGAAACCAUGGAGCUCAUCUGGAGAGCAUUACAAUGAUCCAGUCAUCAAACCGAAUGUUCGUCGUCAUCCAGUCGCCAGACUCAAUGGACGUCUUCAACCGAUAAAAGGAGAUCCACGACUCGCUGAGCUCCAUCUGACAGAGUAUAGUGCGUGGCUUCCGAGACUUUUGAGACUCAGAAAGAAGGUCUUUUAUCUGUCUCGCGAUGGUCAAAUCUAUGGAAACGUUCUGAUUCUCUAUGAUUACACGUGUCCAGGAGAGGCGCCUUCCGUGGUGAAUCUUCCACAUGGAAAUGACUAUUUGAGGAGUGCAAUGAUGGAAACGACUUCUGAUCCACACAUGCUUGAUUUAGAUGACUCCACUCCAUUUGAAGAUGAAAUCGUGGAAGGAUCACGUGGCGGAACUUAUCUCCGUGUGAAGCCAAAUAAACUCGGAUGGGCUCAUAAUAAGAAGCUUCUCCUGAAGUAUCUCGUCAAUGAGCCGAAUCUUCUCGAUCAAUCGAAUUGUCUCAAUCGUCGAACCCCUCUUCUGCCACCUCUCAUUUCAUCUGUCGGCGUUUUUGUAUAUUUUGUCCCCUCGAAUUUUGUCGCAAAUCAAAUUCAUCAUACUGGAGAUGGUCUGUCGCCAUGGACAGUCAAUGUACAACCAGGUUCUGGAGAAUCCCCAUCGCCAAGAGUUCGUUCGACACGUCGAGCGUUAGAGCAAGACGAAUCCGGCUUGUUUGUGACGGCAAAGGAGGGUACUCCAUGGCAACAGACUCAGUUGUGUCUGGUGGAGACCAUGUCCGUGUUGGCGAGAUGUCCCAGAUUGAGAAAGAGGGUCAUAUAUGUGCAACGUAAUAAUUCAAUUAUCCUUGGAAAUGUAUGCUAUAUUUAUGAAUAUGUUCGUGAUGGUCCGAUCCCAGCAGCCUAUGUCAAAGGAUCCACUCCAGUUGGAACCCCCACCGCCGCUUCGAAACGACAAAUGAAUCAGUGGAUGGAGGAUAAGAAGAGUCUGGAAGACAAUUCGCAAGGUCCCUCCACGUCCUCAGCCAUCCAAGCCUCAGGGGAUAACAAUGGAGUCGAGGAGGAUCAAUUUAUUGAUGUGGAGGAUUUGGAAGUCGUUGAAGAGGAGGUUAUCGGUCACGAUAGUAUGCAAGAGGAGGAGAUCGACCAUCAGCAAGUUCAGAUGUUGCAGCAAGAACCAAUUCAAGAGCAAAUUCUCGACGAAGAGCUGCUUGAUAUGUCACAAGAAGACGUGCUUAAUAAUGGUUAUGAUGUGGAGUUCGAUGACGAUCCGUUGACUCAACAAGAGAAUUCUGCUCCGUAUUUUGAGACUCCUCGACAGCUGGACACUGGUCAUAUCUAUCUGACAGUGAGACAUAAGAGAGUUGCCAGUGGAUUCGACACAGUUUUGGAGUGGAUCGCUAACACAAAUGUUGUAGAGGAGCGAGGACUUCUCAACUACGCGAAGCCAGGUCAUCCGCCGAUUGUUCGUAAUGCUCGUGCCUACGCAUUCUUUGUAUCUGGAAACUCGAUUUUCCCACAUGAUAUCAAUCGAGACGAUUUCUCGCCCUGGUCUCAUAACGGAAACCCGCAAAAUCCGACGUGCUAUCGCACGAAAGUUCGAAAAGUUGGAGUGAUUUGUGAUGAGAUUGCAUCGCAGUUUCAGAUCAAAGAUGUCGACUACAAGACGUGUCCAUUCCAUCUCGUAUUCCUCUACUCUAUCAAUCCACGCGAGCCUCGUCUUCGAAAGAAGAUCUAUUAUAUGAUGGAGACUGAGUCGAGACUUGUUGUCAGCCACGCUCUCAUCAUGUAUGAUUACAAUUUGGAGGGAGAUCUACCGAGAAUGCAUGGAGGGUAUCUGAAGAGAUUCGCAAAGAGAACUACCAAGAGAGCGCCAUUGCAAAUACACGACGUUGACAAUGAUGUAUCGGAUAUGUCAGAAUCAGAGAAGGAGUGUCCAUUCGCAGUUCCGUCGUGUAUGGCAGAAGAUGGAACAAUGUAUCUUCAGCUGCUUGAUAUGGACUUCUGGAAUGACCGUAAUCGACAACUACAUUUCUUGGUUAACAAACCAAAUUUGAUAGAAUCCCUCGGAUGUCUCAACAAUCGUGUCCCCACUCUCCCCCCGGCUACAACCAAUAAAGCAGCGUUCGCAUUUUUCGUCGAUGGACUCGAGGUGGAUGCAAGAAAUCUGACUUGCGAUGGACUGGUUCCGUGGUCGGAAAACAACAGCACUAAUCCACAUGGAGUUACAAAACGACCAAAGUCAGCGAAACAACCGCUUGCUCUCAACCGAGACAACCAACUCCGUGUUUGGAAGACUCCUGCGCACCGUGGUGAAAUCAUUGAAUUCCAACUCCACGUCUACACAGCGACACUUCCACGUUGUCCACGUCUCCGCAAGAAGGUCACGUAUGUUCUGAAGAAUGGACACCAAAUCGGACACGCCAUGAUUUUAUACUGGUACACAGAGCCUGGAGAGAUGCCUACUCCAAUAAAUAUGAAUGUUCUCUCACAAGAAUACACACUUCAACGUCUUCCACCACACAUACGUGAAGACGUGCAUACUCUUUUGAGUCGUAUGUCACCGCCAGAGGUUUCGAAAAUCAUUUUGGAGAAGUAUGGAGUCAGUGUGAACACCAAGAUGCUCUAUUAUAUCCGUCGUCGAGAGAUUAUGACGGUGACUUCAGGAGGCGAACCUCAUCAACAGGAUUUGUACGAUUCGAAGAAUGAGAUGAUCGAAGCAUCUGGAUAUGUGGAUGACUGGACGACUCCUGUGGAUCCAUCGGCUCCGUCGACUUCUGGUGGUCAUGGUAGAGGUAGAAAACCGAAGAUUCUACAUGAAGUGUUGGAUGAUCGAGAUCUUCAAGUAUCUCACACGGAGGAGAUUGAACAACAGCCACAGAGAGACUACGGAACAGGCAGAAAGGCGUUGGAAGAUGUACAUCAACAUCCUCAUCACCACCAUCCACUUCAUCAACAUCAUCCACUUCAUACUCCAGACCCUAAGAACUUUUUGGCUCCACGACCGAUAACAACGACGCCCGGCAUGAUUCGUGGCAGCCAUCGAAGUGAGGCGAUAUGGAGAAUUGCGAGAAAUUCAUUUGGAACCACCACCGACACUGAAAUCUUUGAUAUUAUAUUCAAGAUGCUCUUCGAUAAGAACGAGCAACGGCUCCUUCAAAUUGUGAAUCAGACGUUCGGCGUUGAAAUACUUCAAGGAGAGGAAGUGAUGGACAACGGAGAUAUGAUUCAUAUGGGAAAUGUCGGUGAAAUUGUUGAGGAAAUUGUGGAAGAGGAGGUCGUUCAGACAGCGGAAGAGGCCGCCAGACAAGGUGGACCGAUGAACGAGGAGAAGGUUUAUAUGGGUGAUAAAGAUCUUUCUGACGGAAUGGAGCAAAUCGUCGAGGAAGAAGUCACCGAUCAACUCCUGGAAGAAGCUAUCGUGGAAGGUGUCCUGGUAGAGGAAGAGCUCAAUCCGAAUGCUGUGAUCAUCGACGAUCAUCAUAUGAGAGCUUAG